AUGUAUCUUGCAGAAGGAAUCAAAAUCAUGUAUCAUAACGAUUUCUUGAUACGUAUAAAUCGUUCUGAUAAAAUCAAAACCGAUUUCUUGAAUUUUAUAAAUAGCUCUCUCAAAGACCUAUCAUUGAAAAUCCAUAAACUCGGAUUCAACAGAAAUCAUGAUAUUUUCUCUAAUGAAGAUAAGGAAUUUAUUUCUGAAUGGGUUGUUGAGCAACUAAGCAAAAAACCUCCAAUUGAAUGGAAACUUUUACAAAAUGAAAUGAAAAUUCGUUGUGUAUCUUGUUCGCAAAAUGAUCUGAAAAACUUUUGGCAUUCAACGCAGAGACAACUUACAUGUGAACCUAGAGCUGAAUCGCAAGAUGAUUUAAUCGAAUAUUUAGUGCAAAAAUAUGAAAUUUAA